GAACGCGCGUAAGACGGAGAUAGAGGGAAUCUGGCUGCGAGCGUGUAUGUGCGUGCAUAUGUGUGUCCGUGCACGGACGAGCGAGCGAGCGAGAGAGGUUGUGUUUCGCGGACGUAGGGGGGGAGGGAACGAGAGUGAUAGAAAGAGAGAAAGAGCGAGAGAGAGAAAGAGAGAGAUGACACGAUGGUAGAAUCAGUUUGAUAAACGAAGAGUACGAGUCGUGCCGUGCCGGUCUAUCGCAUCUAACUCUGUAGUUCGGUGGUGCAUCAGCGCAUCCAUGCAUCGGUCUUUGUCCGACUGUCGCGUGUUUACGAGCGUUGUGUCAGCUGUGUGUCAAGAGAACGCAAGUACCGUGUAUGUGGUAGCAAAGUGUCUGCAUUCUCUCUGACAACUCGGUUCGUCUCGGCUCGGCUCGGCUCGGCUCAGCUCUCAGCUCAACUCGGCUCGGCUCGGCUCGGCUCAGCUCAGCUCGGCAUACAACACACUAGACACGGACACGAGACCCGUGUCGCGGAGGUUAGGACCAAGUGUGAUUCGCGUUUGCCGGAGGUGGUGGUGGUGGUAGUGGUGGUGACGGUGAUGGUGGUGGUGGUGGGCUGCGUGCGUUUCCCUGAGAAGAGCGCGCCACGACAGAAACGCGUGCUUCUGCUUUAGUGUGUUUGCGUUCUGCACGGUCCGCUCGCUCUCCUGCUUCUGGUGAAUUCGUAUAGUGAAUUAUUGAUCCACCGCAGCGUAUGUGUGGGGAAAAACCGGCCGAGUAAUAGAGAAAUUCGCCGAGAAUAGGAAAAACGUCGGUCGGACCCGUCACGUCGGAAGAAACGUUGAAAGAUAUAUAUACAUAUAUAUAUGGUACCGGUCUUGUUUUGAAAACUGUGCGCGGGCGCGCGCGCGCGCGUUCACGCACUCUGCCGCACAUAUAUAAUGCAAUUUACACUCGAGCUCUGAAGGUGGAGCAGCAGCACCGGCAGCGACAACGCCGACGACAACGCAGAUUUAUUUUUUCCCUCGAGGCGGGAACGAUCCAAGUGUAUUCGCACAAAUUUCAUUAGUUGCAGCAGCGUAACGCGUGUCCACGUACGCGUCUCUCUUUCCCUUCCCCGUCAUUCUCGAAUGUUCUCCAUCUCCUUUCGUUCUUCUUCUUUCCCGGUCCCUCUCUCCCGCUCUCUCUUCCUUUCUGCUUCCCCUCCUCCUUCUCCUCCGCCUCCUCCUCCUCCUGCUCGCUCUUACUCGGUUCCCCGCUCUUUCUCCAUUCGCGCGUGUUACAUGUGUGUGUGUUCUCUCCGUCUCACUCUGACUGCGUUGCCGUAUAUCGCGUGUGCGUCAACGGAACGAAACGAAACGAAACGCGGGAAAAGCUCUCGGCGCGAAAUACACGUUUCGCGGCGAGUAAUGUAGACGGUGUUUUUUUAACGUGACACGCAGUGUGCGUUCUCGGUCCGCGUACGGCCAGUGAAUGCGAAGUGUAGAGAUACGUGAAACACGGAUUAUCGAGAAGGUUGCCGACAGAAACCCGUCCGGGGAAAAAGCGUUGUCGUCGUCGUAAGACGACGACGGCGACGACGACGACGACGAUCUCGCGGAAACUACACUCGUCGCGGUAAACUCUCGGCUCGCCCGGCCUUCGUCGUCGUACACCGUUUCGCGUCUCGAUAAUCCAGGACAAGAAAAGCCCUACCUUCGCCACCGCGACUUGGAUGGAUACUGUGCAUUAUUUCUGGAGUGUACCCACGUCGCCGUCAUCCUGACCUGCCCGAGAAAUCCUCAUGAAAGACUGGGAACUCAGUACUCAGAAUAGCAUCGGCAGUGCGGUGGCUGCAGCCGACACCAUUUCCGCGCCGUGGACUCCAGCGAGUUCCGGGCCGCCGCCCGACGCGAACGGCUCCGGCUCGGAUACCAAGAACCUCGACGUUGGUGAAAUUAGCGAUGACGAGAAGGACUUAUCGGCAGCGGACGCGGAGGGUGUGUGGUCGCCGGAUAUCGAGCAGAGCUUCCAGGAAGCCCUCACUAUAUAUCCACCAUGCGGCCGACGCAAAAUCAUCCUGUCCGACGAAGGGAAGAUGUACG